ACGCGAAGCUUGAUCUUAAGUCCGUUUACGUCAGCCGCUUUAAUAUGGGCCAAGCGCCUAAAAGCCAUGGAGUACUUUUACAGAGAUAUAUGAACCUACUACUUGGUCCACCGACCUCUCGAUCCCAUCACACGAAGUUUAGCUCAGUGGAGACAUAACAAAUACUGAUGUCACUUGCUGAGGCGCCAGUAAGAACGACGAAGAGAAAGAGGACAACCUCAAACUGACGAGACGAACAUCGGGACUAAGUUAGAGAAGAAACUGGCACGUCUCGUUCUCUAAUUGGUAGCCACCCAAAAUCUUAAUCCUUGAUUAUUCAUCAAGCAUCAUGACGCAAGGGAGGUCAGGAAAGCCGCGAAGAAGGCAAAAACCUUCGAGAUGCAGAAGAUUUUGAAGAAAAUGAAAGACGCGAGGCGCAAAGGCGAUGAUAAUGCAGUCAAAGAUAUCGAAGCACAGCAUAUGGCUCUCAAGCAACUCGACCCCGGGCCUAUCGCCGACUCAGCUCUCUCAACGAAAAUCAGGAAAGACAAAUUCCUUUCACAGGAUCACAACCUGCAAUCUGCGAUGUCAAAGUCAUUAUCUUCCAACUUGUUCGCAUCUGCUGUACCUGGAUCCGCAGCAGGCAUAGUCCAAAGCAGGCUUCUUAGUUCCAAGGUCCUGGCGGUUGAUGUUUCUCGUAUAAUUGAGGGACUCCGGCGCUUACUGAACCCUGCGGAACGGGUCUACUCCGCAGAAGCCGAUAGCGCCGAAGUAUCACCGUCUCGAAAGAAGAAACAGAAGACACAACAAAAUGAGGGUCUGCCUAAGGUCCCUCCGGUGGAUACUCCUGAAGAUGAGCCGAGAGCAAAUCUUGAAGAUGAUGGCUGGGAGUCAGGCACGGUUAGUGACGGCGAUCAUUUUGUCCAGGGAGAUUCAGGGGUCGAUGAAGGGUCUGACGAGGAAGACAACACCUCUGACGGUGGUGAUGAUCUCCCCGUCCCUCGCGAACGAUCAAGUCGGGGGGAAUCAAAAGCAACGCAAUCUGCUUUUCUACCUUCCCUUUCGGUGGGUUUUAUUCGCGGAGAUUCGGACACCGAUUUUAGCGACAGCGAGGAGAGAGCAGCUGACACAGCCAAGAAGAACAGACGUGGUCAGCGGGCACGCAGGGCAAUAUGGGAGAAGAAAUUUGGAAGACAUGCCAAUCAUGUGAUGAAGCAGAAAGCUUCUAACCGUCCCGAUGCCCCUUCCAGCAUUGCGGUCGUCCGCCAACAUCAGCGACAGCACAGAAAUGGUAAUCACGAUUCUGAUGGCGCGCCGUUCUCUGGCCGCAGGCAAAAUACCCGAAUACCAGACAAGAACAGAUACGAGGCAUCCGCUCGCCUCGUGUUAGGUAACCGUAAGGACGAGAAAUCGCUUCAUCCGUCCUGGGAGGCUAAGAAGAAACAACAAAAUGUCGCAAUUGUGCCUGCGCAGGGCACAAGAAUUGUCUUCAGUUAAUCUUAAUAGACGUCAUAUGACUCCAUCCAAUA